AUGGACGGAGAGGCGUGCGAGGGCGAGGGCGAGACGGCGAAGGAGCACGAGAGCAUGUGUGUGGACGCGACUGGAGGGGUGGGCGAGGGCGAGGCAGUAGAGGAGGGUGAGGCGGCGGUCUCCGCGGCGGCGGCGGGGCAGUAUGGGAAUGGGGAUGGGAUGGGGAUGGAGGUGGGGGUGGGGGUGGGAAUCAGAAUCAGAGGCGGAGGGCGGUGCUGGGCGGCAUCGGAUCAGUCGGGAGAGAUUGAGGUCGAAGGGAAGCGGGCUCGAGCGGAAGGGGAGAGCGGUGUCGUCGUAAUCGUCGUCGACGACGGAGGAGGAGGAGCCGCAGUCGCUGCGGCAGUCUUGAUCGGGUUGGGGCGAGGAGGGUGGAGGGUGGAUGACGGCGCGGGCGGCGGAGGAGGGAGAAUGCGGGGGCCGCCUGAAGGACUCGACGGUGGAGCUCAGGCUGCUGGUGGUGCUGAAACUGCGGCUGCGGCGGCAGCAGCGGCCCAGCGGCAGCAGAGGAGCAAGGCUCGGCGGUGGUGGAAGGAGGGGAGGAGGAGGGGAGGAGAUUGUGGCUGGGGAGGAUGGAGGGAUGAGGGGAGGGUAGGGGGAGGGGAAGUUGGUCUGCCUUGGGGCCGCGAGGGCGCGGGCGGCGGCGUUAGGCGCGGCGCGUCCCGCGGAGUCGAAGGUGCCGAGCCAGCACCGCGCUCUUCAGGGGCGCGGAUCUCCGCGCGAACUCGACCGCCACGGCCGCUUCCGCACUCCCCCGAUACCUCACGCCACCCACCCCACCCCUCUCUGGCGCAAAAAAAAAGAGACUCCGCGGCGGCGGCGGCAGGUAAUGGGAAUGGGGAUUGGGAUGGGAUGGGGUGGGGUGGGAAUCAGAAUCAGAGGCGGAGGCGGUGCUGGGGCCGCGUCGGCAUCGUCGGGAGAGGUUAG